AUGUGUAAUUGGCUUGCGUUUAAGGACGCAUUUGAGACUCUCGUACACAAGUCCUCCUAUCCAGAAGCGUUCAAAUUAGGGAAGCUUCGGCAAUCUGUCAAUUCAAAGGAGGUCCCGCUCAUAGGUGGUGUUUAUUCGGGUGGCUACGAGGAGGUUUGGCGCGCGUUAAAGGACCGUUAUGAUAACAAAAAGCAACUCGCAGAAAUCCAUGUGACGCGGUUCCUUAACUUAAAAUUGUCGACAGAAGAAUCGGCCAAGUCUUUGCUUGCCAUUGUGGACACGGUUCACGAGUCGCUACGCGCGUUGCGGGUUAUGGAGGUGCCUGUCGAUAAAUGGGAUGCAUUGGCAGUUCCCAUCGUUACCUCCAAGCUACCUACUAUCACGAAACGCGAGUGGUCUAUGCGUUGUUCUUCACAUGAGAUACCGCUGUUGGAGGAUUUGCUGAAAUUUCUAGAAAAAAGAGCACAUAGCCUAUGCCAGGAAACAUCCAUUGAGUCGGUGCGAUUGCCGCGAACAGUAAAAUCUAACGUGGUUUCCACGGUGGAUGGGAAGUGUGCCCAUUGCCAUGGCAUUCAUCGUAUCACGAGAUGUCCCACCCUUGCAGCAAUGUCGCCCGGGGCACGUUUUGAGGCGGUUAAGGGAUCGAAGCUUUGUUAUAAUUGCUUAAGGGCUGGACAUUCGUCGAAACAAUGUUCUUCUGGUGGUUGCCGUAAUUGCGGUCGACAGCAUAACACGCUGUUUUGUCGCGAGAGCCAAACAGGAGUAGCAGCUUCAGGCUCCCAGUCCAGCUCAAAGGUCAUCGAGGCUACCCCGCAAGCUGUCCAGCCUGCUCCAAACUUAUGA